AUGUCGCUAUCAAAAAGCGGUGGAGAUGCACAAUUACUCGUUCUUGAUAUUUGUGAGAAGGUGAUCACUCUUGAAAUCUCACCGCAAAAUGCUAUUGCUAAGCUUAAAGACUUCAUAUUUGCCCUUUCAGACAACUUUCCCGCUGUUACUAUCUCUUCUCCUCGAUUUCUCGUAUACGUCGAAGGUGAUGCACAAAAUAGCGAAAUCAAAGAUAAAGCUGUAGCAAAAUUUACUGAAUUCGUUGGUCUGGUGGCAGAUAAGAUUGUUCCUGCUGAUAUUCUGAAGAUUGAACUGGGUGUGUUAGAGGCAUCUGUGCCAACAAAUAAGCAACAACUUGUGUGGCUGAAAACGAGGCUAUAGAUAUGCAAACUAAUAACAGAGUUGAUGGGUGGUGGAGGAGGUAUACCAGCCAAUACUAUGAUGACAGGAGUGCUGUGCUUGAUU